AUGGCUACAAUUGAAAAUUCUACCUUGGAAAUCCGAGUAAUAAAACAAGAGGAAUCGGAUUUGGAAGAUAUAUACAACGAAAAUACAACGUGUUAUUUCAUUUUAUCAUCACCAAAUGAUGGAUUGGAAGAAUUUGAUCGUACUGACAAAAGGAUUGAGCGAUUUGUCAAUGAAACUAAUAUGAAACCGAUGAAUGAUGAAGCUAACGUUGAUAACUUUAUAGAAGCAAUUGAUGUUAUUGAUAUAACUUCUGUUAUAUCAAUUAUUAAAGAUCUAAAUAAGCUACCUCAUUAUACUGCAGUAAUUAAAGAAGACUUUCAAUUCCAGCUAAUAAUAGAUUUAAUUGCCCUUAAUUGGAGUAUACCUGAAGCAUUUGAUCUUGAUCGUUUUGUUGAUAGCUAG